AUACCGAUAGUGAACCACAGGGACGGGGUUUGAAUCCAGUCCUGUAUGAUUCCAAAUGCAACAAUCCUAGACAAUCAGCUGUGCCUGCAGCUUCAGAGGAAGUGUAGAAUCUUGGUGUUUGAAGGGACAUUCGCCUGAUCUGAUCCUCUGCCACACGCCGGCUGAGUGCUUGUUUAGCCUCGGAGUUUAGAUACGUUUCCCUGUAAUUUCCACCCAUUAGUCUAGUUUCACCCCUUCCUUUCAAGUGACAUGGUUGUGCAUAGUAAGUAAUUUCUUUUAUCAUGUAUAGGUAUUUCUCAGUCCGGUGUCUAUCAAUGCUGGUGGCAUUUGGCAAUCUCAGUCAACUGUCAUAGUUCAAGAUGAUUCCAGAGGGGAGGGCUGAGUAAAUAUUAACCACCCCGUGUGCUUGGUUGGAACUUGGAAGGACUGGUAACAUCAACAAGCGAGCUUUUCUAUGUCACAGUCUAGACCAGAUUAGUCUUAAAGUCCAAGGAAGAGCCAAAGUUCACCGUCGCGCAGGCAUUUCUGCACAGCGCUCCUGGUGAUGGUGUGUAAGUUUAAGGAAAAGAAAAUGAUGAAGGAGAAAGAGAAAACCGUUGCUAUUGUGAAGGUUAUAGACACUUCAAAGGUGAAACUGUUAUCUGGAAAUAUUUUGGAUGUGUAUAGUGGUGAGCAGGGAAUUUCAUCAGUUAAUAUGGGCCUUACAAAUGCUUCCUGUUUGAGGAGUUUAUCAAUGAAAAAAGAAAUUACAGGAACGGAUACUCGAGCUUUGGCAAAAGAGAGACAAAAAAAGGACAACCACAACCUCAUUGAAAGAAGAAGACGGUAUAAUAUUAAUUACAGAAUCAAGGAGCUUGGCACUCUUAUUCCAAAGACUAAUGACCCUGAUAUGCGCUGGAACAAAGGCACCAUUCUAAAAGCAUCAGUGGAGUACAUCAAGUGGCUACAAAAAGAACAACAGAGAGCGCGGGAAUUAGAGCACAGACAGAAGAAAUUGGAGCAGGCUAACAGGCGGCUUCUGCUCAGGAUUCAGGAACUAGAAAUACAGGCUCGUGCUCAUGGUCUUCCAUCCCAGGCUCCACUUGGCACAAUUGAUAUGGGUGCUCAUGUCAACAAACAGACCCCUCUUGAGCAGAAUUCAGUAGACUGCUGCCAACAGUCGACUCAGUUGCAGGGACUAAGCCCUGAGCUCGGUGACCAAGCUUUGUCCUUCUCCGAUCCUUUGUCACACUUCACAGAUCUGUCAUUCAGUGCUGCUUCAAAAGAGGAACAAAGAUUGGAUGACAUGCUACUGGACACCUUAUCUCCUUUUGGGACAGACCCUCUACUUUCUGCCACUUCCCCUGAAGUUUCCAAAGAGAGAAGUAGGAGGAGCAGUCUCAGCUCAGAUGAUCGCGAUGAGUUAUAACAAAAUACAUACACUCAAUUAAUCAACCAGGAAACAAUUCCAUGCUGAUGAAAUGCAAUUAUGUUCUUUGUUUCAUAUAUUGCUUUGGCUCCACUUUUCUGAAAGGGCUACCUUGUUCAGGAAAAACCGAUGGAGGAAAUAACAACAAUAUAAUGAACUUACAGGAAGAAGACAUACGGUGCUGAAGAAUUAUUGAGGGCUAAAAAAGAUUUUUUCCUUGUUGGUUACAGAGUCCAAUGUGCUUAACUUUUAUUUUCUGGAAAUAGCUCUCUACUUGACACACUAACAGACGGCAAACAGUAAACCUCAGAUAUACACACAUAUUUUCUUACUCACUAAUAUCCCCUUCCUUUAUAACUCUUAAAACAGUUUUCAAGAAUCAUGAUCAAUAGAUACGGCAGUUUAUUGCCUUUCUCCACUGUCUCGUUAAAAGACAGAUUAUCUAUCACUCAUAAUUGAAAAGUGAAUCUACACUAAACCUUAGAAUUUUCUACAAUAAAAUACAAAUACUUAUUUAAAAAUUGUUUCUAAAAGUGUAUGCUACUUUCUUUAGUCUGUUUGACUGCACAAAUUCUAAAAGUAUCUUUUCAUAUUUAUGGAGACACUCCCAUUCAGAAAAAGGAGCACAUGGAAUACCUUCCUCAAGAAUAUAGAUUCAAAAUUUGUCCCUUCGCAAGACAUACCCCAACAUAUAUGUACACAAUGCAGGUAGUAUGUGUUUUUUCUUCACUUUUCUGCUUUACUAUUUUGCAUAAAAAAAUCACAUUCCAAAUUUUUUUCAUCAAGAAGAGACGUUGGAUAAUCUAUUCAGCAAAUGAACUUUAAAAAGGGCCCUGCUCCUAUGACAAUUUUUCAGGUAUUUACAAUUUAUCACUAUGUCCAGUAUGGAAUGUAAAAUAAUUAGUUGUUGAUAGAGUUUUGCUUCAAAUUAACAAAAUAUUGAAAAUUGGAUUGCCAAGUAACAAAAUAUUUUGUAAAACAGAAACUCAUACAUUCAGCUCUGAGCUAAAGUUCUAUUCUCAUAGAACUGACAGUACUCUAUGAUUUUUGCUAGCUUUCUUAUUAUUUGUUAAGAACAUUUAUGAUGUUUUAAUCAAAUUUUUCUCUCUUGAGUUUGUUUUAGGAUUGGGAACUGACUGACCAAAUAUAUUGUUUUAUGUUGCACCUCUGUGAGUACUCAUCUGAUCAAUGAGUAUUUAUUGAGCAAUACUCAAAAGUCCUGUGAAAAUGUACAACAGAGAAGAAGAUGAUACGGUCUUACCCCUCAUGGAGUUAAAAGACAACAUGAGAAACAACAAAAAAAGAUAAACAACAUAUAGAACUAAAGCCCGCAUGGAGCAAUAUAGGGUAAAGAUUACAAAGGGUCAGAAAAAUGAAAGUGGAUGAAGUUUGGAGAAUCACAAAAGUCUAUGGGAAGAACAUAAUUCAACUUCUUUUAAAAAUAUAUAUUGAGUGAAGGGAAGUGAAGGUAGAGCAAUGAUAUUAAUCAAAUGAUAAGUGGAAGUAUCCCAAUGGGACAUUAUUAGAAAUGGAACAUUUACCUGGCCACCCUAGAAGAUGCUUGUUGGGGAGUUCUGAAAAGUAAUAUUAUCAACAGGGUGUGAAAGCCCUUGAAAACUAGGAUGAAAUGACAUAGUAGAAAUCUAAUAUUUUAUUAGGAGGCAGCAGUCUAAAAAUUUAAAUGCUUUGGCAUAUUACUAACAUGAUUGAGAUAUAAUCUUUCAUGCAUAUUAACUUGGUGAUAAAUUUUUCAAAGAGUAUUUUAAGUAUUACUCAUAUGGAAAAUAUACAUCAUCACAAAAUUUGAGACUAAUGAUGAUGAAAGAGGGAAAGCAUUGCAUCCUUAUGGUAUAAUAAUUAUCUCAGGCUUAGUUUAUAACAUUAGCUUGAAGAUUGGAUAAUUAAUUUUCAUUGACAUGGAAAAAAUAAUUCUUAUUUUAUAGGAACAGGCAUUAAAGCCAGAUAGAUAAACUCACCUAUAAUAUGCCAUGCGAAAGAAAGCAAUAAGAUAUACUUCCUCAAGAAUAUUUAGGAGAAGAUUAUAUAUUUUUAACUUUAUGACAAAAUUAGACUUUUCUACCUGCAGUGAUAAUUUAACAUUGAAAAUUAUAGAGAAGCAAAAUGUUUUUGGGCCAAUGGAAAACAUAUCAUGCAUAGAUCAAGGCUAAUUUCUGUUCUCAUAUUAUCUAUUAUUAUCUUUUCUUCAUAGCCUGAAAAGACUUGUAUGAAUGAUGUCAUUACUCCAUUAUUAUGUUUCCACUCAAAAUACUAUAUUACCUAGCCCUGAAAUCCAUUUCUUAUAUCUUAGCUAAUUGUAAUAACUUGACACCAGAUGGUAGAGUCUGGACAAAAGAGAUCUGGAAAGAGAAUCAAUAUUUGUUGCUACUUGCAGAUUAUAAUAGCUAUUAGGAGAUUAUAAAAUGGCUAAUGAUUUAUUAAAGAUUGAGUAAGAGUGGUUCUGUGUCACAAGUUAUCGACCUUCUCUCCAGAAAAAUACAGAAUUGUAUAUAAAGUCAAAAAUAUGCAUACACAAAGUAGUUUUAGCCUGGCCAUUGUUGUUCAGUGGUUAAGUGUCUACCUAUAAACCAGGAGGUCACAGCUUGAUUACAGGUCAGGGUACAUGCCUGGUUUGCGGGCUCGAGCCCCGGGAGAGUUUGGGGGGAGAGGGCAUGCAGGAGGCAGCCAAUCAAUGAUUCUCUAUCAUCAUUGAUGUUUAUAUCUCUCUUUCCCUCUCUCUGAAAUCAAUAAAAAACAUAUUUAAAAAGAGAGAGAUUUCAAGGACCCCCUACGUAUCUCCAUGGAUCCCAGGUGAAAAAUUCCUGCAUCAGGUCUGUUACUUUAAUAUACAGCACGUAGCUAUGUAUCCAUCAAGGGCUGAGCACACAGUUAAUGUCACAUAUAAUAAUGGAGGAAGGAACCCUAGUUAUCUGAAUAUCGUCAUCCCAACUUCACUAACUAUGAGGUUGCACAAGGAAGUAAAAGUGUACCAAACACUAGACCAUCUACUAAGGGAGGUGCUCACUUAGAAAAUAGUCCCCUUUCAAACACCCUUUUAUGUAUGUAUGACUCCUGCUAUAUAUUUAUGUUAAAUAUUUAUGGGUCAGUUUCUAUGACUACUGGAUGUUGCAAACAUCUGACAAUAUCAUUUGAAAUGGGUAAAAGUAAAAAUUAUGAAAAUCCUAAAGUAAAAUUAUUUGAGUAGAUAAGAAUUAUGAGUGAACCUUUGGAAAAUUGUCUAUGAUAUUUUUGCAGAAAUUAGACUUAAUCUUAACAUUGAAAGAGUAAUAUUGUUCAUCAAACAAUUUUAUCACAAAAAGAAUUAGCUAACACUGGAUUAUUACUACACAAUCAAGCCCGUUCAUUCAAAGAGUUAAUGCAUGUGUACAAUAUCAUGCCAUCUGUGAAUAAUGACAGUUUUACUUCCUGCUUGGCAAUUUGGAUACUUUAUAUAUUUUCUUCUUGUCUGAUCAUUGAGGCUAAGUACUUCGAGUACUAUAUUAAAUAAUAGUGGUGAGAGCGGACAUCCCGAUAUUGUUCCUGUUCUUAGGGAAAAUGGUUUUAGUUUUUGCCCUUUGAGUAUGAUGUUGGCUGUUGGUUUGUCAUG